CCCGCCCGCCACCGUGUGCUCUGGCCGGCGCGGCCCACAGUCCCCAUGGUGGGCGGCCCCCGCGGGCACCUGUGAUCUGCGGCAGCAUGCCAGGGAAACCCAAGCACCUGGGCGUCCCCCAUGGGCGCAUGGUACUGGCUGUCUCAGAUGGAGAGCUGAGCAGCACGGCAGGGCCCCAGGGCCAGGGAGAGGGCCGCGGCAGCUCCCUCAGCGUCCACAGCCUACCCAGUGGCCCCAGCAGUCCCUUCCCCACCGAGGAGCAGCCUGUGGCCAGCUGGGCCCUGUCCUUCGAGCGGCUGCUGCAGGACCCGCUGGGCCUGGCUUACUUCACUGAGUUCUUGAAGAAGGAGUUCAGCGCGGAGAACGUGACUUUUUGGAAGGCCUGUGAGCGCUUCCAGCAGAUCCCGGCCAGCGACACGCAGCAGCUCGCUCAGGAGGCGCGCAGCAUCUACCAGGAGUUCCUGUCCAGCCAGGCGCUGAGCCCGGUGAACAUUGACCGGCAAGCCUGGCUGGGCGAGGACGUGCUGGCCGAGCCGCGGCCGGACAUGUUUCGGGAACAGCAGCUUCAGAUCUUCAAUUUAAUGAAGUUCGACAGCUACGCGCGCUUCGUCAAGUCCCCGCUGUACCGCGAGUGCCUCCUGGCAGAGGCCGAGGGGCGCCCCCUGCGGGAACCUGGGUCCUCGCGCCUUGGCAGCCCGGACACCGCGAGGAAGGUGCGGACGAGGGGCGGUGGGAGGAGCCAGGGCUUUUUUUUGCUGGGCGUGGAGGAGUUGGGGCAGCUGCCGCCUGCUGAGGGUCCUGGGGGCCGCCCGCUCCGCAAGUCCUUCCGCAGGGAGCUGGCCGGCCCCGCAAGCUCUGCCUUGAGGCGAGACUCUCAGGGUUCCCUCAACUCCUCCGCCAGCCUGGACCUCGGCUUCCUUGCCUUCGUGAGCAGCAAGUCGGAGAGCCAGAGCCACCGGAGGAGCCUUGGGAGCACAGAGGCCGAGAGCGAGAGCCGGCCGGGGAAGUACUGCUGCGUGUACCUGCCGGACGGCACAGCCUCCUUGGCCCUGGCCCGGCCCGGCCUCACCAUCCGAGACAUGCUGGCAGGCAUCUGUGAGAAACGAGGCCUCUCCCUACCCGACAUCAAGGUCUACCUGGUGGGCAACGAGCAGAAGGCCCUAGUCCUGGAUCAGGACUGCACCGUGCUGGCGGACCAGGAAGUGCGGCUGGAGACCAGGAUCACCUUCGAGCUGGAGCUGGCGUCGCUGGAACGUGUGGUGCGGAUCUCCGCCAAGCCCACCAAGCGGCUGCAGGAGGCGCUGCAGCCCAUCCUGGCGAAACACGGCCUGAGCCCUCAACAGGUGGCGCUACACCGGCCAGGCGAGAAGCAGCCGCUGGAUCUGGAGAAGCUAGUGAGCUCAGUGGCGGCCCAGAGACUGGUUUUGGACAGGCUUCCAGGUGUGAGGAUCCCUGAAGUCCUCGACCCACCUCCCUGCCGAAGUCAGGGCUCUCGGCCUAGAACUCAGGACAAGGCCGCCCACCCUCCUCCACGGCCACCCAGUGCGCUGGCGGAGGGGUCUACUAGUGCCACUGGGAAGCGGCAGACCUGUGACAUUGAAGGCCUGGUGGAGCUGCUGAACCGGGUGCAGAGCAGCGGGGCCCAGGACCAGAGAGGCCUUCUGCGAAAAGAGGACCUGGUGCUUCCAGAAUUUCUGCAGCUGCCUGCUCAGGGGCCCAGCUCCCAGGAGGCACCACCACAGCCUGAAGCAGUGGCCCAGCCCAGUGGGGGGCCCUCCAAGUCCACUGCCCACCAGGCCCUCUGACAGCUGCCAGCAGUCCCAGCUGGCUGCAUGGCACCGGCAGGCCGAGCAGGCCAUGGGUCCACACUGCAUGCCCCAUCUGUGCCAUGAGUGUCCCUGGCCCCUUCCUGCCAUGGGCAGGCCCGCAGGAAGAGCCAGGAGGGGUAGAGCAGGGACCCCCACAGCUGGCACCCCCUGGUCCCUCGCAGGCUCGUCUAUCUUCCCCUUGCAGCCAGGCCACGGCAGGAAGGUGGCCUUGCCCCUGGUGUAGGCAUGCCAGACACCGAGGGAUGGCGUUGGCAGUGCCAGCCUCCCCAGCCUGAGCCAUGCCUCAGCAGAGGGCAGAGGAGGGGCCGGCCCCUCCUCACAAGCUGGUGUGAGUAAGGCCUGGGGGUGUGGCGGCAACCCCUUCCUCUACCCACAGAGACUACUGUACGCACGGAUUCUGCAGUUGGCUUGGGCAGCUGGGUUUGUCCUGGAUGUAUGAUAUUGUUAUAAUAAUAAUAGUAUUAUUAUUCUGCCAUGAGGAGUGUUCCUUGUGUGCCAGCCUGCCCUGUAACCUCCUCCCUACCAGUCACACCGCCUCUCUCGCCAGGGUCAGUGCCAGGCGGCUCUCGGGGACCUCAGGAGGUGCCUCCUGACUUCCUGUUUUCAGGACCUCUCUUGCUGACUGCCCAGGAAGGGGGCGAGAGACAGAGAUGGGGGAAGAGCUCUGGGAGCUACGCCGUGGCCAGGAUCACACUGUCCCGUGGUCUCUCGUCGGAGCCCCCUUUCUGGCUGCUGUCCUGUCUCUGCGGGGACUGAGUGUGUCUCGCACAUGUCACGGGAGUGCCUUUGGAUGGGUCAAAGGCCUGUGUGGGACCGUGGCGGGCAGAUGUCAUCCUCGCCUGCUUUGCUGGGUCAUCCCUGUCCCCAGCUGCCAGGGAAGCCUGGACCCCACACUGGGAGGGAAGCAGUGAGGACCUCCCAGCCUGCAGGAGAGAAGCCAGACUGGGCCCUGCCCAGAGGUAAGCGCUGUGGUCAGGAAGCGAGGGGAUGGGAUGAGCGAGCCCCGAGAAGCUGAGGCGAGUCUCCUGGCUCUCCCAGGCCCUGUCUGUGCCUGCUGGCCCCUCUGUCCACUGGCUCCUGCAUCUUUGGGCUCAGGGGGGGAGGCUGGAGGGCUUUGCUGGCCCCACUUCGCCUCCCUCCAAAAGUCUUGGCUCUCUGCCUCCUCAGCCCGUUUUGUUUGGCUGGCUUCGCCAUACUCGAUCUUGAACCGGUGCUGGGGUGGGCCGGUGAGUCAGGCCUGGCCAGUCAGCGCUCCACUGCACUCGUCAUCCGAGUCUGGUUCAGGACUGGUCCUGUCCUUUGGCCCUGGUUUUUCCAGUCUAAACGUCAGUCCUGGUCAUUUUAUGCCACCUCCUGGGAUUUGUAGAAAGGACCCAAAGAAGGAGAACUUGGGAGCGAAUAAAGCCAACCAGGGGAGCAGGACUGAGCCACGGAAGGAGACUCCCGGCAAGUUCAGCCGCGCCUCCAGCCAGCCCCUGGAGGCCCUCUCCUGCAAGCCGACCCGCUCCUUCCAGGCGUGCGUCCUGCACCACCCCGGCCUGUGUGGUUGAAGGUCUUGACUUGAACUCAGCAUUUUCCCUGACCCCUACAUGAGGGCUCCCGGUUUUGUCCUCUCCCGUUCUGUCCAGCUUCCUUCUUUCACGCUCACGGCACCAUU